AUGAAUCACGCCCGUGAUGUUCCGUCGAGUCGCGGGUUCCCCAAUCCGGAGGCCAGUGCGCCUACCGAGUCCUCCGUGAACGUCGCGACGUCACCCGUGCCGCGCAAGCCCGCCUCCGAUGAAAUCCAGGUCAUGCGAUUGCCUCAAACGUUGUCCCUGCGGGUAGAUGGCCUGAACGCAGUCACCGUGUCCCGUGGUGAAAGCGACGCGAACGAGAUCGACUAUAUCGAAUCCUCGGAACGCGGUAGUGACACGUCGGCCGAAGGCCCACGUCCAGAGCUUCAGUCUGCCAACACACUCACGGACUCCUUGUCCAGCCUCCCGUCUAUUUCGAUGAAUGGGGCAAGCCAGUCUAUGGAUCUAGACAGCCCGAACACCUUCAGCGACAAGCAAGGACAGGAAAAUUCACCUGACUCCCACGAGACACCCCGAGCCUUGCCGGUGAAGGGAGACAUGGCAAUAAAUGGACAAUAUGCAGUUUCGGACGCGUUCGCCCCGGAAAAGUUUGGCAAUGGGUCUUUAACGCCCCAACACCAACAUACACACUCGGUCACCGACAUUCAGUUGGCUCCAGGUCAGAAAAGAACAGUGGAUGGAGACGUCAAGUCGGUUUCGUCGGAGCUUCCGGCGCCGAGUUCUAGCAUUAAUGGGACUACGCGGCGUCGUUCAAAGAGCACUGGCUCGCCAGCAUACGGAAGCAGGAUUGCCCAGCUAUCGGUGCAUAUUCGAACACGUCUGUCAUAUGCAGCUGCCAAGGUGGAAAAAUCGCGGCAGUUACGCGAAGCAGAUUCUCAAUUGGGAAUUCCGAACAGCCUAUUGGGUCAUGCCUCGAACUCAACAUCCAACUCCCAAGACCUCACCCUACAAACCUCAGCCUCGAACACCCCUCAUGCAUACCUUACUCAUUCCCGCUCACAGUCUGAACUCUCCCCAACUAACAAACUCUUUCCGACUCCUAAACUAGCUCCGCCUGCAGACAUCGUAUCUUCCAACGGCGAUUCGCGGCGGCGUCGCCCGAACCCUAAUGCAAUCUCAAAGCCUUCCAACCAUAGCCCGCGUUCCCGCCACCGGCGCUAUCAUUCCAUUCAGGACCCCCUCUCUAUGCGUUCGGCUGGAUCCCCCACCGUGUUAGGACCCGAGACACCUUCACUCAAGUCGCCCGCGCACUUUAAUCGUCCUACAUCUUCUCAAAAUGGCUUCUACAGAUCACAAGCUCAAUCUCAGAAUACCUCGAUGGAGCAAGACGCGAUUGAAACGCUCUUGUUCAUGUCCAGCCCCGAAAAUUCAGGCUAUCGAUCUAGCCCUCGACCGUUGCAAUCUGCAUCAACGCAAAACAGCCUCAAUGCGUCGUUAUACGGCAACGGUGUUGGAGCUAUGUCCGGUAGUAACCAAAGCUCACAGAGUAGCAACUAUCGCAAUGGUAUUGGGUCUAAGGGCACUGCCACGGGGCUGGAAACGCACGCUGGAGACGAGAUCGAUCGCAUCUUGGAUCAGAUGGAGAGUGAUAGUGAGGAUGAAGGCCGCUUUACAUCAUACCAUCAUGGACGAAUCGUUCCCCAGGAUCUUCAAGUGAGAUCUCUUGGAGGAUAUCAUCAUGGGCAGCUGAGAUAG